CUGGGGCCUCCUCUUGAUAUACUGCUGGAUUCACUAAACUGCACAGCGUUCAGUGUGCAAUGGAGGAUGCCAAAGCAGCAUGCAAGCACCGUCACGGGGUAUACGGUCUUUUACUCAGAGGUUGAAGAUGACAAAGCGGUUAAACAGCUCUCACACAAUGUUCCCCUGAGCUUGGAUAUGCUUAGCAUGGGUCAACUUGAAGGACAAGCAGUUUUUGAAGUUGUUAUUGGUGAUCUGAGGCCAGGCACUCCACACCGUGUUAGCGUUGGAGCAUAUGGAUGGGCAGGGAAAGGACGACCCAGCAUGCCCAGAGACGUGACAACCUUAUCCCAAGAUAAGUGCAUGGCCCCUGCGCCGCCCUACCAGCCCCAGGUCGUGGUAGUUUCUGAUUCAGAAGUUGCGUUAUCCUGGAAGCCUGGAGUGAGUGAAGGAAGUUCUCCCAUCCAGUACUACACGGUGGAGUUCAUCAGGCCAGACCUUGACAGCAAUUGGACGGUAAUAAGAGAGCAGAUACAGAUGGAAUCCAUGGUUCUCAAGGGACUUCUCCCAAAUACCAAGUAUCAGUUUGCCAUCCGAGCAGCAAACUCCUAUGGAUCCAGCCCUGCCAGUGCACCGAGCGACAUCAUCCGAACAUUCAGCUCUGAGGAGAUAGGAAGUGGAAGCUAUGGACAUCGGUACAUCACAGACACAGUGACUGGUGAUGAUGAUGGAUUUGAUAUCGAUGACUCUGACUAUGACAUUUACAUAGAAGAGCUCAGACCACUUCCUGCUAUCAAAGGAGGCAGUAGAAAAUUUCUGGUCGAAACUAAGGUCACGCCAGGAUCUAGUUCCAGGCUCCUGUCACGGGUCCUUACAACCACUUCUGAACCUGCUACUUCCACUCCCACCACCACAUGGCCUUCAACCACAGCGAGGGUGACUACGGCGAGGAGGGGCAGCACAUCUUCUGCAACACGCCUCUUUGAUCUCUCCUGUGAUGAGGCCAUCUGUUCUGCAGACAGCUUUUGCGUCAAUGACUAUGACCGGGGUGGCUCCCGCUGCCACUGCAACUUGGGAAAAGGAGGAGAGACAUGUGCAGAAGAUAUUAUUAUCCAGUAUCCUCAGUUCUCUGGCUACUCAUACAUCACCUUUGAACCACUGAAAAACUCCUAUCAGACAUUUCAAAUUACCCUUGAAUUCAGGGCUGAAUCAGAAGAUGGUUUGCUGCUAUACUGUGGAGAAAAUGAACACGGUCGUGGUGAUUUUAUGUCACUAGCAAUCAUCCGACGUAGCAUUCAGUUCAGGUUCAAUUGUGGCACUGGAGUUGCAGUCAUAACAAGUGAAAACAAAAUCAAGUUGGGGAACUGGCACAGUGUCACAUUGUUUAGAGAUGGGAUGAAUGGAUGGCUCAGGCUGGACAACGACGCUCCAGUGACAGGAAAAUCUCAG